AUGGAAGUGGACUAUAGUGAAACUUGUGAUGAAAAAAUCCCGUUAUGGAAGUCCUGGGCUGCGAGUGGCAGAGUCCAGGAAGCCAUAGAUCAGCUGUUGGCUCUUGAAAAACAAACCAGAACGGUUGCAGAUAUGGCUUCAACAGCAAGAAUUCUUGUAACUAUUGUUCAAAUAUGUUAUGAAGCUAAGAACUGGACAGCUCUUAAUGACCAUAUUGUGUUACUUUCAAAGAGAAGAUCGCAGCUUAAGCUGGCAGUUGUGAAGAUGGUACAGGAGUGUUACACCUAUGUCAACAAAACUCCAGAUAAAGAAACCAAAAUUAAACUCAUUGAGACCCUAAGAACAAUUACUGAAGGUAAAAUUUAUGUGGAAGUUGAAAGGGCACGUCUAACUCAUAUCCUUGCCAUGAUACGUGAAGAGGAGAAGAAUGUUGCUGAGGCGGCUAAGAUUAUACAAGAAUUGCAGGUAGAGACUUAUGGUUCAAUGGACAAGAGGGAGAAAGUUGAAUUAAUUCUGGAGCAAAUGCGGCUUUGCCUGGCAAUCAAGGAUUACAUUCGUACACAGAUAAUUUCCAAAAAGAUUAACACUAAAUUCUUUGAAGAAGAAAACACAUUGGAGCUUAAAGAAAAAUUCUAUCGAAUAAUGAUAGCUGUAGACCAGCAUAAUGGAGCAUACUUAUCUGUCUGUCGUCACUUCCGGGCGUUAGGUACAGCUGGCGGAAAUGACGCUCUAAUUGGAAGUGUUGUAUUUCUCAUCCUCGCGCCUUAUGACAAUGAGCAAGCUGAUUUAACCCACAGACUCAAUGAGGAUAAGGAUUUGGAAAAGCUGCCUGAAUAUAAGCAACUACUGGGUCUAUUUAUAAACCCUGAAAUCAUCAGAUGGAAUACGCUCUGUUCCACUUACGAGAAAACUCUACGAUUGACACCUUUCUUCGACGCAAAUGAUGAGAAGGGUCAAGAGCGCUGGGGCGACCUUAAAACCAGGGUGGUGGAACACAACAUCCGCAUAAUGUCAAUGUACUACACACGCAUCACUCUGCAACGUAUGAGCGAGUUGCUCGGCCUGAGCGUGACAGAGACAGAAGAUGCCCUGAGUCAACUGGUCGUCGGCAGCGUUGUGCGUGCCAAAAUCGAUCGGCCAGCGGGCGUGGUGCACUUUAGACUGAAUAUGGAUUCAUCUGAGCGACUGAACGAAUGGUCCUCAAACCUCAACACUUUGAUGCAACUCGUAAACAAAACUACGCACUUGAUCAACAAGGAGGAAUGCGUCCACAAACAUUUGCUAGCCACCGCCGAAUAA